AUGGGAGGAUGCUUCUCCAAACCCAAACCAGUUGAAGUUAAAGUGGAACUCUCUCUCCUGGAAAAAGAGAAAGAGGUGGACGGGCUAUCACCUAAUGGUAAAGCGAGUCCCUUUGCUGACUGCAGACCUAACGGGGCCCUGGGACACGGCUCCGAUGACGACUCCACCCCGCUCUCCCCCUACCACAAACCACGGGACUACGUGGAGGCCUCGGUCUGUCAUGUUAAAGAUCUGGAAAAUGGACAGAUGCGAGAGGUUGACUUGGGAAGUGGCAGAGCUUUGCUGAUCAAAGAACACGGGGAGUUCUCAGCCAUGGGCCACAAGUGUCCACACUAUGGAGCACCCCUGGUCAAAGGUGUGCUGUCAAAAGGACACGUGCGCUGUCCCUGGCACGGUGCGUGUUUCAACAUUGCAACAGGAGACAUCGAGGACUUCCCUGGUUUGGACAGCCUGCCUACCUUCCAGGUCAGAGUUGAAAAGGACAAGGUGAUCAUUCGUGCAAACAAGCAGGCUCUUCAGUCACAGAAAAGGUCAAAGCCCAUGGCUCGAUGUUCAGCAGUCAUUAACUCCAGCACUGGCUUCAGCCAUGUUCUCAUCAUUGGCUCAGGUCCGGCAGGUCUGGUGUGUGCAGAGACACUGAGGCUAGAGGGCUUCACCGAUCGCAUUGUCAUGUGCACCAUGGACAGACAUCCUCCGUAUGACAGACCUAAACUGAGUAAGUCCCUAGACAGCACAGCAGAGCAGCUGAGAUUGCGCUCCAUGGACUUCCUGCAGGACCACGACAUUGAGCUGCUCACAGAGAAAGAGGCUGUGGCAAUAGACGUGAAAACGCGAUCUGUGACCUUUGAAGAUGGCUUGAGGAUGGAGUACAGGAAACUUUUUAUUGCUACAGGAAGCAAACCCAAACCAAUGAACUACAAAGGCAAAGACGUCCGGAACGUGUUUCACCUCCGGACUCCUGAGGAUGCGAACAGCAUAGCGAGGCUGGCCAACAACAAGAACGCUGUGAUUGUGGGAACAUCAUUUGUUGGUAUGGAGGUGGCUGCAGCUCUAACUGACAAGGCCCACUCGGUCUCUGUCAUCGGGAUCGAGUCAGUCCCCUUUAAAAAAGCUCUCGGGGAGAAAGUAGGGAAAGCCAUAAUGAAGCUGUUUGAGGCAAACAGGGUGAAGUUCUACAUGCUGAACGAGGUGUCAGAGAUGAUUGGCCAUCAUGGACAGCUGAAAGAGGUGGUCCUGAAGAGUGGAAAAGUCCUGCGGGCAGACGUGUGUGUCAUCGGAGCAGGAAGUGUUCCUGCAACAGGCUUCCUGAAACAGAGCGGCCUCCACAUGGACUCCAAGGGCUUCAUCACUGUCAACAAAAUGAUGCAGACAAAUGUUGAUGGGGUCUUUGCUGGAGGAGACGUGGUUAUGUUUCCUUUCCCGCCACGCAACAACAAGAAGGUGAACAUCCCUCACUGGCAAAUGGCUCAUGUGCACGGAAGGGUGGCGGCUCUCAGCAUGAUGGGCCGAGCCACUGAGGUCAAAACUGUGCCUUACUUCUGGUCAGCCAUGUUUGGGAAGACCAUACGCUAUGCAGGUUAUGGUGAUGGAUUUGAUGAUGUCAUUAUACAAGGGGACCUGGAUGAACUGAGAUUUGUAGCGUUUUAUACCAGGAGUGAGGAGGUGGUUGCUGUUGCCAGCAUGAACUAUGAUCCCAUUGUGUCCCGCGUGGCAGAGGUCUUAGGAUCCGGAAAGAUGAUUAAGAAACGAGAUGUGGAGACUGGAGACAUUUCUUGGUUGAUUGACAAAGGCUCUCAAUGA